CUCAGUAGCUUGGUGGUAGUGUAGCUUUUUUCUGAAGCAGCUUCUCAAAAGCUUUUUUGACCUGUUUUCUUGACCAUGUAGUGCUGUAGCUUUUACAACAGCUACUUUCUAGAGCAUUUGUGGAGCUCACAGUAGAACUUUCUUCUGGCCAACCAUACAUUCAACAAACGAUUUGCCUAUUACAAGUUUGUUUACCAUCAAAUUGGCUUCGUAAAGGUUAUAUUAAGGUGAAAAUCUUGCAUAGUGUACCUUUAACUAUGCUGACCUCUUAUAGCGAGUCUCCUCAGCUGUUAGUCCCCUCUAUUUUUUUAACAUUCAAAAAGUUGUAGUCAAACAGAAAUAAAAUAUAUAUAUCAGAACGUCACCUAUUACAUGUCGUUCAGACAUGGUGUCAAGGUUGUUGAAACAAAUUGAUUCAAAUAAUGUUAGCAUUUUGAUCCCAUAGUCAGAGAGAGAGAAUUAAAAGCAUCUUGUGAAACAGGUGCCUCAGGUGGGGGAAGUGAGGGAGGCAGGUAGAGGAUUCAGGGCAGGUCCACCUGAAGGGAAGCUUGAGGUUCUCGCUCGCUCUGUUCCCGGUUCAUGCUUCCCCUCACCCCAUCUAAACUUCUGCACUGGGGACCAAAAGUGCCAGAGAGGACCAAGCAAAGCCUCAGACCAGUGUAUGCAGGUCACUGUCCAGCGCAGUAAAAUCUUUCCACAAAUCAGUCCUCCAGCACAUCACAAACAUGCUUUGGAUAUACUUCCUUGGAUUGUUUCUCGUGGUAAAUCCAUUUGAAGAGGCAGAGACUUUUCUGAGAAUCAAGUUUGUUUCUGGUUAGUUCUGGAGCCCCUCACCCUUCCAGUGGUGUUUACUGAAAGAACAAUGGAUCAGGGAAAUUAUGUCUUCACAAUAAACUCCUGGACCAUCGAAAAUCUCUCUCUGAUAGUGGAGGCUAACCACGGUGGCCACAUCUUUGUGGAAGGCAAGAAUGCCACCUUGAGGUGUGAAACCUCCUCCAAGCACCACUUUGUUGCCUGGAGCUGGGAAAGAUCAGAAGGGGAAGGGGUGUGGGAGAAAGUGGACACUGGGAAGCAACUGGUGUUGAGCAGAGCGGAGGAUAAUGGGAACUACCGUUGUCAUGGCUACAGUAAGACAUUGAAUGCCUCAAGCCUGGCCUAUGAGGUCUACUUCUUAUCCACAUCAUCCUCAGUUUUAGAAAUACAGGGAGUAACUAGGUUGGCUGCAGCUGCACUGGUUCUGAGCCUGCUGGCCUUGCUCUUCCUCGCGGUGCUGGUUCUGUGGCUCUGGGUCCAUCGGAUCAAAGAGGCAUCCAGCCUAACCACCAGAACCGCUGAGCCAAAUGACUAUGGCUCAAAAAACCCUCACAGUCCUCCAGUAGAUGAUGGAGACAUCUACAUGAACAGUCUGGAGAUCGAGAAGGCCUACUCCGACCUGAACCCCACAUUCAGAGCGGAGGACCAAAGCUAUGCCACACUGGCUUGACAAGACAGGAUAAAAAAAUAACACUCAAACACACCUUCAACUAGAUGAGACUUGUCUGAGAGAAUCUAACAAUUUGAUAACUAUGCUAUAUCUACACUCAAUAAAGAAGACAGCAUAGUGUUUUAUGGUGGAGUGAGAGCCUAAUCUUACAUAACCUAAGAGAGAAUCUAAAAUGAUAGAAUCUGUGGGAUACUACUCUUGUGGUUUCAAGAUUGAGAACCAAAGCUAUACGGACACACCCUAACUUUACAACACAGAAUGAAAAACUGAGAGAAGCAUGGUUCUGCAUAAAUAGAUGUUUAGUUCCUCUUUAUUUGUUCCUCUUUGCUGAGCCAAAUACAUUUCUGUUCUCUCUUUCUCCAUA